AUGAGUUUACUUCGCUGUCCUUUCCUGGCUCGUCAGCCGAUGUCCGUACUUCGUUCAAAGAGUACACAUUUGAUGAAUUUCGCUCGAAAUUGUCCCGUGAUGUCGCGAGUUUUGAACUCUCUUCACCCGGCCAGCCAGCUGCACACUUCAGGUAUUUCUUCUUGUUUUGUCUAACGUUUUAAUAAGCUGUUAUUAAGGUUGUGGUUGCUUUAGGGUUCAUUUUUAUUUGGGGUUUUAUGGUAUCAAAGCUUUUCUUUCCCAAACCGUUGUGAAAAAUUGUAAACAUAAAUUACAUAAUUACAAAAUGAAAUUUAAAGUUCAUUAUUUUUUUAUGUGAAAGGAAGUAUAUAAAAUAAUGACAAUACAUGACCGCUUGUAAAAGUUGAAGUAUCGUUUCAUAGCCAAUUUAUGAAUUAAAGCUAUCCUGGAUAAAUAGAAGGGAUUUAUUUAAGAACGAAGCUGUUCAAUUCAGCGCUAUGAGGUUUAUACUUGCGUUCAUAUCCGUCAUCCAAAAUUUACCUCGAGUGAAGUGAAGUGUAAAAUUUUACAUACAAAAGUGGUCUAUAUUCAAUCUCUGAAGUACACGUACGCUUUUUCAUUUCAGGUGUAAAACCAGCUGUUUCUGGCUCUGAAGAUGGGGGUUAGUUUGUUUAAAAUAUAUACUGUAGUAUUUACUUUAUCAGUUGUUCAAAUAAAAUUAAGAUUCUUUGUUUUGAUACCCAUAAUUUGCAUGUUAUAUAAGAAACUUUAUAUGUUUCAGUGUUUCUAUAAACACAUCCUGUAAUUGCGGAUAUUAUAUAGAGGCCAGUUUCCUUCUACGUUUGUGAUUUCGUUGUUGUUCCUGAUUACCAGAGUAACUCUCCAGGGGAGGUUUAUUUCCCUUUAUUUUUGAUUUCCCAAGGGCGCAGCUGUGCCCAAGCCACUGCUAAAUAAGGCAACAAAAUAGCACAUCCCACGCUAUGAACUUUCAGGUGUGGGGGUCUCAUUCUAAAUCCUUCAACUUUGCCUGUAUCGAAACAUGCUGGUGAGCAUGUGUAGGUUGAAAAUAUGUUGAAAAAUUCACAUACUUCCUGGCGGAUGAAAAGUUUGUCGCAAGUCAACUUUUUGGUGUACUGCAGAAAUAUUAAACAAUCAACGUUCGCUAAAUUUUUAAAUUUAAAAUUGUUUUUUAUGUGUUUCAGUACGGUAUGCUUAAAGUGAAAAACAGCCCUAUAUGUUGAAGUUUAUUAUGUUCAUGUACCAGUAGUUUCAUUAACAUUGAAUGCCAGCAAUCUCCCCUUGACAAGUAAAAUUGUCAGGCGUUAGACAGUCAAAUAAUAAAGUAGGGCGCAUUAGGGUACAAUGCAACUUAAUGGGUUAACUUGACACAUGGGCAGAUGUCUUUAGGUGUAUAUUAAUGAGUUAGGAUAUCAACAGUACUACUAUACUAGGACACAGUUAGGAUAUUGAGAUUUUAUUAUUUGGGUGAAUCUGAAAUUCAUGAACAAAUUAAAUCAAACCAUUGAGGAUACAAGAAUAGAAAUACAUUUCAAUUUUUGUUUAUAUUCCUCAAAAAAGUCCAGCUGUAUUUUUCAUUGUUAUUCACCAUGAUAUGAAUAUCAAUAAAAAUACAGCUGGACGUUUUUGAGGAAAUAUAAACAAAAAUUGAAAUGUAUUUCUAUUCUUGUAUCCUCAAUGGUUUGAUGUUUAUGAAUUUCAGAUUCACCUAGCCUGCGAACAGGCUCUCAAGCUGAAUUGAGAGCCUGCAUCGAUGACCAUUAGUCAUUGACUAAUGAAUUUGAAUAUCUGCGUCUCAAAUCGUGACGCGAAAUUCUCAUUGGUCAGAUGCUAUAAUUUAUAUGUUUCCGCUGAGCUCUAUAUAUGUCAACUGCUGAAGCACUAUGCAUAAAAAGCACAUUAACUGAUCAAAUUGGUCUUGGCCAUCUUAUCUCAAAGCACGAAAUGUUCUGAUUUGAGAAAACAGUAUUUAAAACAUUUAAACUUUGCUUGAAUAUCUUAUAUUUCGAAAAACAGUAUAAACUGUACGGUCUAAAUUUAGUUUGCACGGUCUAAAUUUAGUUUGCACGAAAGUUGUAAACAACACCAUAUAAGGAUAGACAUUCCAUAUUUGGAAAAACGAACGUUACGGGGCAGAUAUUCAAAUUCAUUAGUCAUCGAUGCAGGCUCUCAAUUCAGCUUGAGAGCCUGUUCGCAGGCUAAGAUUCACCCAAAUGAUAAAGCUCAAUUCAGGGCCUAUCAGAGAAAUUCGGGGGCCCGGGGCAAAUUUUUGUUUCGGGAGUUUUUCUAUAAACACAUACUGUAAUUGCGGAUAUUAUAUACAUGUAGAGGCCGGUUUCCUCCUCCUACGUUUGUGAUUUUGUUGUUGUAGUUAUCUCUUCCUGAUUACCAGAGUAACUCUCCAGGGGAGGUUUAUUUCCCUUUGUUUUUUACUUCCCAAGGGCACACAGCUGUGCCCAAGCCACUGCUAAAUAAGGCAACAAAAUAGCACAUCCCACGCUAUGAACUUUCAGGGGUGGGGGUCUCAUUCUAAAGCCUUCAACUUUGCCUGUAUCGAAACAUGCUGGUGAGCAUGUGCAGGUUGAAAAUAUGUUGAAAAAUUCACAUACUUCCUGGCGAAUGAAAAGUUUGAAUGAAAAGUCAACUUUUUGAUGUACUGCAGAAAUAUUAAAACAAUCAACGUUCGCUAAAUUUUUAAAUUUAAAAUUGUUUUUUAUGUGUUUCAAUAUGGUAUGCUUAAUUAAAGUGAAAAACAGCCCUGUAUGUUGAAGUUUAUUAUGUUCAUGUACCAGUAGUUUCAUUAACAUUGAAUGCCAGCAAUCUCCCCUUGACAAGUAAAAUUGUCGGGCGUUAGACAGUCAAAUAAUAAAGUAGGGCGCAUUAGGGUACAAUGCAACUUAAUGGGUUAACUUGACACAUGGGCAGAUAGUGAGGGUGUCUUUAGGUGUAUAUUAAUGAGUUAGGAUAUCAACAGUACUACUGUACUAGAAGGACAUAGGAUAUUGAGGCUUUAUUUGGGUGAAUCUGAAAUUCAUGAACAAAAUCAAACCAUUGAGGAUACAAGAAUAGAAAUACAUUUCAAUUUUUGUUUAUAUUCCUCAAAAACUGGACAGCUGUAUUUUUCAUUGUUAUUCACCAUGAAAAAUACAGGACAUUAUUUUGUCAAUGAAUUUAUCAAUACCUGGCAAUGAUGGAUUAAGGUUUCUUACUUACAGGGCUGUGAAAAUAAGCCGCCGCCCGCCGGUGCUGCGGUUGGUGCCACAAGGUUUACCGCUGGUUACUUUGUUUACUAUCCGGUUACUCUGUUUAACUAUUACUACUUGAAUUAUCCUUAGUAUUUCGUAAAACUGAUUUAAUUAUUUGCCAUCUUAAAUCUUGAAGUUAUCUUGUUGAAGAAUGAAAGUAAUGUUACAUUGUUUUCAGUUGUGUUGCUGUCUAAUCAAUGUACACUAGUUAAUUUGGAUGACUUUAAGACUCCCUAGACCACCCCUCCCACAGCCGCCUACUUUAUCAAAACAGACACACUACAUAAUUCUAAUUUUACUUGUCAAGGAGAGAGUGCUGUGACUCAACGGGUUAAUUAGUCUAAUUAUACAGUAUUUAUUGAUCUCUCUCGUUUACUUUUGCAGGAGCAACAUUUGACAAGUGUCCAUUCUUGGUUGACUCUGGUCUCAAGAUUCAAAAACCUAAUGAGAAAGUAUUGCAGGACAUUGUUGUUGCAAAAGCUGACCAAGGAAUCUUUCAAGUCUCUGAGAGAAAACCUGCUGCCAGUCAAGGUUUGUUUCAGUCUUAGUUUGUUCCAUGCUCCAAUCUUUCCUUGAGUCUCCUUAUCCUUCACCGCUAGACCCAGUAUCCCAGACUAAAGGUGGGCUCUUCCUCUUUGGCCAUGUCUACAGUAGACUGGCUCCAAGUCUCUCUUUCAUUGUCAUAUAGUAUCGAUCCACUAUAGUGUACAUUACAUGACGUAGUACGGAGAGGCGGAGCGAGAAAGAGAGACUUGUCAACUUCGGAAAAUCUCAGUUCAAAACUGAGCCGAAAAUGCAAGCCUUGCUUUAAUUGUUUUUCUUCAAUUUCUUUCUGUAUUAUUUACUAUAAUGGAACUCAUGUUAUUUACACUGUGCUAGAUCAAUACAUAUAAACACUGACAGAAAACAAUUAAAGCAAGCCUUGCAUUAUUUUCCGAAGUUGACAAGUCUCUCUUUCUCGCUCCGCCCCUCCGUACUACGUCAUGUAAUAUAUACUAUAGUGGAUCGAUACUAAAUGACAAUGAAAGAGAGACUUGCAGCAAGUCUAUGUCUACAGCCUACUCAGUGCUCGCCUCUUUCUUACGUGUUUAACAUAAGAAAUUAUGGAUUAUGUUUAUAUUGUUAGAAGGUGCAAAGAAAUGUCCAUUCUCUCCUGAACCAGUAACUGCUGAUUCAAAGGAUGUUCCCAAACAACCAAUGCCAGCAAAUUGUAAGUUCCAUUUUCAUUGCCUAAUUUCAUGUGAGAGAAUUUCUGUUAAUCCGAGGGCCUCCUCAAAUUGUACACUUAUUUGCAGGAAAUUUUUUUCCAAAAAUGUUAAUGGUUUUGAAGAUAGGAAAUAGGAUGAUUCCCAUUUAUAAAAUCCAUCAAUGGAUAAGGCAAAUAAUUAACAAAUAUUGGAUGAGGUUUUUGUGAUAUGCAGAAUCAAGGUUGAGCUAAGCGUUCGGCGAGGCUGAUAACGCUUACCGAGACCUUGAUAAUUUUGCAUAUCGCAAAAACCGAAUGUUUGUGUUAAAUAGAUACCGCAGUGUUUGCUAAUCAUCGCAGGCUCAUUUGCAGAUAACUCAGUUAUCUGCUAGCAGAUAACUGAAUUUUCUGUAGGUUGUGUGAUUUUGCGAUUUAACUGUGAGCUCUUAGCCGAUCGAAUUGUUUUAACCAAUCUAGCCAAUUUUUCGAACUUGCAGCCUGAAUCCUACUCAGUAUAAACAGCACAGUUUUCACAUUGGCGUGGCAACCCUUGCAGCCGAAAGCGGUUUCUCUGAUACUCAGAUUCGUCUAUUGAGUCCUGCCUCCUCCGCAGGCUCUUCGUUGGGCACAGUGCAGUGUGCAAUUGCAAUCUAUAUAGAUCAGUGGCUGUGAUAUCAGUGCCGGAGAAUUUUUCUCGUUUUCCUCUCCCCCCCUUUGAAAGCGACUGAGGAUGAGGCAGUAUUGAGUCUUUCGAAAUCCAACGCUUUCUGUAAAUACAUUCGGAGUUCCCGCCUGUGUGCAAGUAUUAUGCUCAAAUAGGCUGCAAUUCUUGUUGGGAUUGAUUGCGUGGCUGCACCACCUAAUUUAUUUUCUUGCAGUACAAUUUUAUAGUUCUCCACACAUGAUUUAUAUUUCUUCACCUCAUUCUCUUUUUGAGAGUUCUGUGAUGCUGACGCAGGGGCAAGGCUUUUCUCUUAAGAAUAUAAGAACCUAUUUAAGAACCUGUUUAGCAUAAUUUCCUGGUAAGCACCAUUUACAUGAGAACCUGUUUAGGCUAACUUGGAAAAUCUAGGUUCUUAUAUGCGGGGUUUUACUGUAUUCAGAUUCUCAUAAUGCAGCGCUUUCACCCCGACUUGCACAGAACAAUUCACCAAAGGCAAUAGUUUUCGUUGUUGGAUCGCAGGAUGCACUGUCUCUGAACAAAAUGGCAAACCUGAUUUGGUUAAAAACUCAAAAGAUACGGGACUGA